AUGUCUCCCAGUCAGACGCCGGUGGAGAACGUUCCCUGCCCUCCGGAAGGGUCACAGUCACUUGCGGUGGCUACAUCUGAGAGUGCUCGUCAGAAGCGGAAAAUUGCUGCUUUAGAAGAAAAGCUACAGAUACUAGAGUCGGGGCAUGCAGUCAAACAAAGGGAGAUAAACUAUUACAUGUCGAAAGGAAGAGCCAUCAGACGCAUCGUUACCUUAUUUGAAAACAUCGAAGACCUAAUAUGCGAGAACGACAGGCGGUGCGAUUUGGACGGCGAGAACGAAAGUACAACUGUCGAUCAAGAUCGUUUGCAAACCGGUUUUAUCACACUCAAUCACACCCUUCCGUGGUUUCACUCAAGGGCUUCAGACUUGGAAUAUGACGAUUACUCGCAUAUGCUCAAAAAGGGAGCCGAUGCUGCUCGAGGGGACAACACCUCGAAGCUGAAGAAUCUCGUCGCUGACUGGAUUAAUCGCGACUUGAAGCCCGAUGCCCCAGUCGACCCUGAGGACAAACAUUGCCGUGGAUUCAUCAACGAUGUGUGUGGCAGACUACUCUGCCCGACGGAGCUAGACUGGAAUAACCCAACCGUCAGAGCAGGAAUCAGGGAUCGCACAAACGGCUAUGUCGUGACGGAGAUGUCCUGGCCGGCGUUUCUGUACGAAAAAUACACAGCGGAUCAGGACAAUCUAGAGCAGGGCCUCUUCAAAAGCACCCUUUUACUUCAGGCCUUCAAAGCAAUAUUUACAUCGCCCUCCUCUGCAAGGGAGGUUGCCGCCGAUGGCGAUGCCGCCGAUGUGAUUGAAGCCAAUCGACGCGCUAAGAAGGAUUUUAAUUCAUGCAAGAAAGUGAAGACACACGUGGCGCAAAUAAUCAAGAUGCACGCAGUCACACCCCGCUCGAUCGCAUAUGUAGCAUGUCAGUUGCGAUUUGCCCUGUCUUCUGUGACUUCGUGGCGCUCGGUUGAUGGCGACUUCGACUACAUCCCAUUUUGGCAAAACAUUGUCGACUUCUUCGAACGGCCCCCCGGUCGAGCAGCGCAGCAAAGGGUUAACCGACUCUUGUCAUGGUGGAUGAGGAAAGUCUUCGGCACAAGUCUUCGUGCAGAACUCAGUGAUGGUGCAAAGGCCAGGAUGUCCAUCAACAUGCUCGCGACACAGAGAGCACAACUGGACGAUGCUCUCUUUGAUUCUGAGUAA